AGGGCUGAGCCAGGACCGGUCUCAGGGACCGAACACCCUGAACUUUAGGUCCCAUCUCUUCUGGCCAGGAGGGCAUCCCGGAGUCUCCUUAGGGGCUAGGGUCCUUUGAGAGCAGUGGUUUUUCUUGUCCCGCAUCCUCCAGUCCCCUGGCGCCGCACUCAGUUUGCUAGCGUGUGAACUCGUGGCCUUCCAGGUGGGGAGGUGGGGGGCGUCGUUGCGGGCGGCGACGCCGCUGACACGGCCUCCACAGGCUCCCUCCCUCCUCCCUCCCUCCUUAAACUCUCCGGAAGCGGCAAGUGCUUUGGGAGGGGGGAGGGGGGUAAAGCAGCUGCGAGGAGUUGGAGCGUCCAGGCCGUCGCUGCCGCUCGCUGCGGGCAGAAUUAGGCUGAGACGGGGCCCUGGCUCCGGAUACCCCCACCCCCGGCUCGGAGAGCCUGACCUUUCCCGAUAGCGGCCGCUGGCAGGACAGACAGACUGACAGUAUUCUGGUACUGGAGAGGAAACUGCGAAGCCCCAGGACUUUGAGGCGUGCCCGGAGCUAGCGGAGAUCUUCUGCGGGCUUGGGGUACGAGGAACCCCAACACUUGACUUUCACCCUCUUGCCCUCUUCCUGCCCAGCUUUGGGCUGCGGAGGUGCCUUGGGAGGCUGAGAGCGGGAGCGGCGCGGUGUGCUGAGGGCCGGGCUAGGCCGAAUGCUGAAGGAGAGGGCGUCCAGGCUCCUCUUACCGGCCGCGUAGCCUUCAGCCAUGGAUGUGACCCCUGGCCUGGCAGUCUGGCUUUUAUGGGCGCUCCUUCUGCACCAUGGCCUAGGAGAGAAGCCUCCAGGAGCCAGCCCCGAGGAAUCAGCAGUGGCAGAAUUCUGCAGGAUUGACAAGCCCUUAUGCCACAAUGAGGAUGAGCAGCUCAGCUUUGAGGCCGUUCGAAACAUCCACAAGCAGAUGGAUGAUGAUGCCAACGGGAACGUGGAUGUGGAGGAGAGUGAUGAGUUUUUGAGGGAAGAUCUCAACUACCAUGACCCAACAGUGAAGCACAGCACAUUCCAUGGGGAGGAUAAGCUCAUCAGUGUGGAGGACCUAUGGAAGGCAUGGAAGGCUUCAGAAGUAUACAACUGGACCGUGGAUGAGGUGGUACAGUGGCUGAUCACAUAUGUGGAGUUACCACAGUAUGAAGAAACCUUCCGGAAACUGCAGCUCAGCGGCCACGCAAUGCCCAGGUUGGCAAUUACCAAUGCAACAAUGACAGGUACUGUUCUUAAGAUGACUGACCGGAGUCACAGGCAAAAGCUACAGCUGAAAGCCCUAGACACAGUGCUGUUCGGACCCCCUCUCUUGACCCGCCAUAACCAUUUGAAGGACUUCAUGCUGGUUGUGUCCAUCGUCAUUGGAGUGGGUGGAUGUUGGUUCGCCUACAUUCAGAACAGAUACUCCAAGGAGCAUAUGAAGAAGAUGAUGAAAGACCUGGAGGGGCUACACAGAGCUGAGCAGAGUCUUCAUGAUCUCCAGGAGAGGCUACAGAAGGCCCAGGAGGAACAUCGGACAGUAGAAGUAGAAAAAGUGCACCUGGAGAAAAAAUUGCAAGAUGAGAUCAGCAUUGCCAAACAGGAGGCACACCGGCUUCGAGAACUACGUGAGGGCACAGAGAAUGAGCUCAGCCGCCAGAAAUAUGCAGAGCAAGAACUGGAGCAGGUCCGCAUGGCUUUGAAGAAUGCUGAGAAGGAGCUGGAGUCCCACAGCUCUUGGUACGCCCCUGAGGCUCUGCAGAAGUGGCUGCAGCUGACCCAUGAGGUGGAGGUGCAGUACUACAACAUCAAGAAGCAGAAUGCUGAGAAGCAGCUACUGGUGGCCAAGGAAGGGGCAGAGAAGAUUAAAAAGAAGAGAAACACCCUGUUUGGAACCUUCCAUGUGGCCCACAGCUCUUCCCUGGAUGAUGUGGAUCACAAAAUCUUAACAGCCAAGCAAGCCCUGAGUGAAGUGACAGCAGCAUUAAGGGAGCGCUUGCACCGAUGGCAGCAGAUUGAGAUCCUCUGUGGUUUCCAAAUUGUCAACAAUCCCGGUAUUCACACUCUGGUGGCCGCCCUCAACAUCGAUCCCAGCUGGAUGGGCAACACCCGCCCGAACCCUUCCCACUUUAUCAUGACAGACGAUGUGGACGACAUGGAUGAGGAAAUUGUAUCACCAGUGUCCAUGCAGUACGCUGCCUGGCUGAUGGGGCGCAGGUUCAGUGAUCGCUCUGUGUGCUCGGCGUCUGUCAGCUCAGAUGAUCAGUCUCUCUGGAAAUACCCGGCUCCCAGUCUUCACAGCAGCGUCCGGCAGCGUCUGGUGGAACCACAGCACGUCCUAGGAUCGCAGAGGGACUUGACCCAUUCCGAUUCGGAGUCCUCCCUCCACACGAGUGACCGCCCUCGCUUCACCCAGCUGGCUGCCAAGCCCCAACAGCUGACCCGAGCCAUGGAUGAAGCCCUAUAUGCCCCAACCUCCAAUGGCAGCCACCGACUGGCAGAGGCAGCCCUGGGGGGAGCUCUAGUGGAGAAGCUGCCUGAGAGUCCUGCCCUAGUCAAGAAAGCACUGUUCCUGCAGAAUCACGGGCUAGAGAAGGCCUAUAGUGUUGGGGAGCUGGGUCCUAUAGGGCUGGGGGGAGGAGGGCCCCUGCAUUCAGAUUCCUCGCGUUCCCACAGUCCUAGCUCUCCUGAACCAGACACGCCAUCACCUGUGGGGGACAGCCGGGCUCACCAUGGCCGCAACACACGUAUCCCCCACCUGGCAGGCAAGAAGCAUGCUGGUGAGGAGGACAGUGGCUCCACGGGUGAAGAGACAGACUCCGGCCAGGGCAAGAAGAAGUUCCCACUCAAAAUCUUCAAGAAGCCCAAGAAGUAGUUGGACCAGGGCUGGCUGCGGUGGGAAGACACAUCUAUUCUCCCUCUCCUCCAAGGGACCCACCCAGGGCCUGGAAAGGGAAAGGUGGGGAUCCUGAGGACCUGGGGCAUUGUUAACACCUGCUUCAUCCUCUCUGUACCCCUACCUUCCCCCCAUGAAAGAGGAGCCUUCUACGUUAUUUAUUUACUGACCACCACCUGCCCUGUUUGGGCCUCCAUAAGUUGUUCCUGCUCCAACCUCUUCAUCCCCUGGCUCCAUCCCUGCUUCACAGUGCAUGACUUACCCCUGCACCCACCAUCUCAGUCCAGCUCACCCACCUUUGCAGGGGACCCUCAGUUCUGGUCUCCCCAUUUAUUGGGCUUUUAUGUCUUUCUUGGUCUCUCCCACCCUUCCCAUUCUUUGUUCUCCCCAUCGCCACUGAACCCCCACGCAAUUAGAGUGAGAAAAAAGGAAGCCUGAUCCAAGGCCCAAGCUCCCACCAACCUCAGCAAUGCUGGACAGGGCAAGCAGGGCAGGGCAGGGCUGAGGCCAGAGCUCUGUGGUUGGGUGGGGGGGAGAUGUUUGAUUUUUUUUCCUUUGGGAAGGGGGAGAGCCUGGAGCCAACCCUGGCUCUAGCUUUGGCCUGACUUUGGGGGGGGGGGUGGGAGGUAGUUAGGACAGAGAUGAGGUAGAGCUAGCCCUAGAGAUCAGGCCUCCAUGGUAGCAGAAAGGAGCUAAAUUAGGGAUGGGCAGCCAUGGCUCUCCCCCCUUCCAGGGAGCCCUUCUAGGGCUACACUCUCCAAUGGUCUAAUGAUUGCCUCCUCUCCUGCCUAUUCUGUAGGGUAGGGGAGAAGGGAAGGUACCCGUAUUCCUCUCCCUUCCUUCCCCUUAACCUCAGAUAUUUAGCCGCCUCCAGGUCCCCAAGUUUGGAGCCCUGAGACUGAUUGCCUCAGUGAUCCCUAAGCACCUAUCUAGUACAUGUGAUCCCCUUUGGUUUGGGGACCUAGUCUAGACAGGGGCUGUCAGGGACUCUCACAUAUGGGUAUAGCCUGUAACAGGACACAAUGGGGGCAGAGGAUGGGAUUGGGAGGGACUUUGGGCAAAGAUGUUGUUGCUUUUGAACCAAAAACAUUUUUUAAAAAAAUUUCCUGAAUUUCCAAAGUGCCUGCAGCCCUCCCCUCCUCUCCACUUCUUUUCCAGUGCAUGGUCUUUGGGCUCCCCUAGACUCUGGGCCCAAUCCUACUGUGCAGUCCAAGGUUGCCUCCCAUCCUGACCCCAUCCAGGCCUGGGAAAGGAGGCAGCUUAUAAGAAAUAAGUAAGGAAGGGAAGGGAAUGGAUACACACUGUGCGUGUCCCACUUCCUACCCCAGGCAGCACCCCCUUCCCCCAAGUUUUUGUAGGGGCUGUGAAUAAUGGCCCCCCCUAGUCUUGCUUGUCCCUCUGGAUGAGUCCCCCAUCCCAGGGCCAAGGGGCAGGUCAGCUGGGUGCUGCAGGCCACAGUGGGCUGGCCCCCCCCAUCCCUAUCCCUAUGGAUUUUUCUGUUAUUUCAUAAGACUGAAGUCUAAUAAAGCAUGUAGGAUAUUUUA